UACAAGACCUCUUUUAAACGCCGAAGAAGAAGACGUCUGGCAUGUGAAAACAGAAACUUGUGAUUGUUCGUGGCUCCUGAGUGUAAAAGAUUCCUGGAAACAGCCACUUCGCAUUACCUUUCCAAAGAAAGACAUGUCUUGUUCUGCUGGUGACCCAAACUUCUGUCAAGAAUGCGGGAAUGUUCUCCCGCUCCCCGGAAUAUCUGACACAGUCCGAUGCCCUCGAUGCUCCUUCAGCAUCCCUGUUACAGACUUCUCUGGCCUGGAAGUCUGUUCAGCUGUGGUGUUUAACCCUGAGCAGCAGUCAUUAGUGGCUCUGAAAGAUGAUAAUGGCUCGGAGCUGAAGGGACCUGUGAUUGACAGACGAUGUGUUCGAUGCAAUAAAGAAGGGAUGAUUUACCACACCAGGCAGAUGAGAUCUGCAGAUGAAGGACAGACAGUGUUCUUCACCUGCAUAAACUGCAGGUAUCAAGAGAAGGAAGACUCCUGACAGAAAUAUUCCAAGUGUCUACAAGCAAAUCUAUUUACUAGAAAACACUGCUGUCAGAUCCAAGUUAUGCUCUGUAUCUGGAAUCUCACUUCAGAGUCAGGAUUGUUGUGAACCAGACUCAACAAACUACUUUUCAUGUAUGACUUAUUUGUGUUGGAAAUAAAGUUUACAGUUAAACAUUCA